GGUGGUUUGUGGGAACCGGCCUCAACAGCACGAAAUGUGACAGCGCUUCAUAUUUGCGGCGACAACGACGACUUUGGCUGCUGUCCUUCCUUCCACUUUCCCCCCUCCCCCUCAUGUCACACGACAGCAUCAUGGAAGCGCAGCAGCGGUUUCGAACAGCAACGACGCACAGCGACGACGAUGAUGCUGAAAGCGACAGCGCCACGCCCCUCGGCGCUAAUGCUGUCAACGAUCAUGUAGAAGAUGACGGCCUUGAUAGUGAUGAUGAUGGUGAUGAUGAUGAUGACGGUGACGAGACUGAAGUCGCUGCAACAGAGAUGACAGCAAACGGUCUUUCUUCGACUGAUACCAUCACCACCACCACCACCGCUACGGCCACAGCAGCAACAACGAUGGCAACACCAACAGUGCCACAGACGGUGGGUAGCACGUCUCCACCGCAUGUGCAAACAACAACGACGUACGUUGUACCAUCGACCUGCAGCUACAACAAUGAAAUUGUGCGGCUGAAUGUGGGGGGUGUCAUCUUCGUUACGACGCGUUCGACCUUGUUGCCGCCAGGGGAGGAGUCGUUCUUCUCCGGCCUGCUGAGCGGGCGCCUGCCCUCUGUCACGGACGAGACGGGCGCCCUGUUUAUUGACCGCGACCCGCGCCUGUUUGACGUCAUCCUCAACUUCCUGCGGUCCGGGUACGUGCGCUCGGGUGAGGUGGACGCGCGAGAGCUGAAGCACGAAGCGGACUUUUACGGCGUGUCCGCGCUCUCGCAGCACCUGGAGCUCGUCAGCCCGGGCGUGUCCUGUGGCGGUGUGCUGUUUGACUCGCGCAUUCCACCCGAGUGCGACGACGAUGGUCCUGUCCUGCACAUGGCCUCAUCGCACACGCUCGUUGCAGCUGCAUAUCGCACCACCGUGUGCUGCUGGAAGUUUAGCGAGUCGCGCAGCUGGACACUUCUCGGGCGCAGCCCGGUCAUUGACGGCGGCAUUGACCGGAUCGCCCUCAACGUGAAGAGCGGCGGGUACGGCGAGAACAUGGUGGCCAUCGCCACGGGCACGCGCAUCCUGCUGUGGCGGCUCAGCCACCAAGGAUCGAUGAACGCCCGCGAUGCCGCCAGCCCAACAGCGGCGGACCCCGUGCUGUCGGAGGAAGAGGACGUGUACACCGCCAUCGAGGCCACGCUGGACUUGACGGUGCCGGUGGAUGACGUGCUGUUCAUCAACAACAACCUCGUCGCCAUCUCCAGGCGCGGCAAAGUGGGCGUGCGCAACUCCCGCACGCUGCUCUGGCAGGUACAGGACGUGGACCAGGUGACCUCCUUCGCCGCUGCAGGGUCCAUCCUGCUGCUCGGCUCCAGGCACGGCCACAUCUAUCUCGUGGACCUGCAAAAGUUUCCGCUGAGGCUCAAGGACAACGACCUCCUCAUCAACUUGCUCUACAAGGACAGUGAGAUGUCCACCAUCACUGCCCUGAGCAUGUUUGUGAGCAACUCCGGCAACGAGCGCUGUGUGGAGAUUGCAUACGGAACAGACACCGGCUGCGUUCGACUCGUGCUGCAGCACCCGGAGAAUAUUGGACAGGCGCCGCUGCUGUAUCAAACAUAUCGCGUGCACCAGAGCGCAAUCAAAGCCGUCAAGCUUAACGAGCACAGCCUUGUCUCAGUGUGCUCGCACAACAACCACGUGCGUUCGUGGCGAAUUGCUCGCUUCCGUGGUCGCAUCUCCACCCAGCCGGGAACACAGGCCAUGGCCUCCUUCUGCCUCCCAUCCCACGCACACUCUGAAAUAGGUCCGUUUGGAAACGUGGAUGAGCAGCAAGUCUUUGUGCAGCAGCCGUGCGAGCACACGACGUGCCUCAUGCUCACCGCUGCCUCCACUGGCGACUCGCUCUGUGACAUUGAGUCUGCGGACGAUUCGGGCAUCAGCACCUUCCACGUGCAUGAGGGCGGCAUGGCGGCGCGCGCUGGCUCGCGCACCAAACGCCUCCUCUUCACGGGACACGACAACGGCUGCAUUCAGGUGUGGAACCUCUCCGUUGCCUUUGAGGCUGCCCAGCAAAGGCCGCAGCAACAACAACAACAACAGCAACAGCAGCAGCAGCACACAGGCGGCCAGUUUGUCACCCAUCCCGCCACUUCGUCCAAAGCGGCGCUUGGAGUGUCGCCAAUCACGCGGCCCAUAGCGCCUGCACGCGUGGGAUCGAUGUCUCGCCGCAUGUCUACCAGCGUUUCGAUGGGCACGACAGGACGUGCACGUGCAGAGUCUGAACCACACGACACAGGCCACCGCAGCCGCCGCCAACAUCACCACCAACACCAACAUCAUCAUCAGCGCCGUCGCCAGCCGCAAAGGCGGAUGUCAUCUGCGAACGGGUCGACAAGCACCGCAUAGCUUUUGCUGUGUGACUUUCAUUGUAACGAUGCGCUGGACGUGUCAUGCUGCUGGUGUUGUGCGAUAUGUAAUUUGCUCCGUGGUGCGAGUGUGCGGAAUGCUUUAAUUUGUUGCGAGUGUUUGAUGUCUUGAUGUGAUGUCAUGGCUACAUGACAACGCGCAAGCAAAUGAAUAUGUACACGGC